AUCACCUGCCCUUGGUCUCUGAACUCCUUCGGAAGGAGAGAAUCCAGGCUCUACCAUGGUGAAGUUCCUGCUAAUUGCGCUUGCAUUAGGUGUAUCCUGUGCACAUCAUGAAUCUCUUGAUAUCAGUCCCUCAGAGGUUAAUGGGGACUGGCGCACCCUUUACAUAGCUGCGGACAAGGUGGAGAAAGUAAAGAUGAAUGGAGACCUGAGAGCGUACUUUGAGCAUAUGGAGUGCAAUGACGACUGUGGGACACUCAAAAUCAAAUUCCAUGUCCAGAUGAAUGGCAAGUGUCAGACACACACUGUUGUGGGAGAAAAACAAGAAGAUGGGCGGUACACUACUGACUACUCUGGUAGAAAUUACUUCGAAGUUGUAAUGAAGGAAGAUGGCGCCCUUUUCUUUCACAACGUUAAUGUGGAUGAGAGCGGACAGGAGACAAAUGUGAUUUUAGUUGCUGGAAAAGGAGAGACCCUGAGCAAAGCACAGAAGCAGGAGCUUGGGAAGCUGGUCAAGGAAUACAAUAUUCCAAAGGAGAAUAUCCAGCACUUGGCGCCCACAGACACUUGUAACCAAUAAAGACACAAUAUGGCUUCACAGAUGACAGCAAGAUCAGAAGUAUUUCCCACAUCACCUCUUUCAUGAAAUCAGAAUCAUGACAAUGAAGAGAGCUCAUCCUUUUCUUAGUUUUUCUUUUCAUCUUUCCUAUGAAGCCAGAAUCUCUGCUUCAUGGAUUUGUUUCCCAUACUCCUACCAUGGUACUGAUUCUUUUGUUGAUAAAAUAAAUUGAUUUUUCAUGUAC